AUGGCUUCAGCUGGCGCCUCCUUCGUCGCCGUCGCCUCCGCCUCGGCCGGGGAAGACUUUGCCACCGACUUCCAGGUGGCGGCCGCCCUGAGCCAAUGCGCCGACGCUACUUUGGCGGGCCUGCAACUGGCGCCUUUGUUGGGACCAUACGCCCCCAGGCUGCGGGCGGAAGACCUGGUGCAUCCUGGCCCACAACGGCGAGGUGCCGGCCUGGCCCAUCAUGCCCAUCACGGCGAGACGCUGGAGGUCAUCGCAGUGCCAAGGAGUACUUCCGAGGCGGCCCUUUGCCACCACGGUGUUGCCGAUAGGGGCCUCCCAGGUGCCGACAGCUCUGCAGUUCAAAUUUCACCCCGCGCGACGUUGAGCUUCGUCAGUGGCGUCGAGCUCUGGCGGUACGUGGGCCAACUUGUGGAGGCCCGCUUGGCCCGUUGGAGGCACGACUUGAGCUGCCAUCCGGCCCAUGCAGUCUCCGUGAAGGACGCUCGGCCUAUCGCCGCCGAAAGCGUUUGGAUGCGUCUUGUGGCAGGUAUUCCUCAACCUGUCACAGCCGUCUAUCUUGACGACCGGACAUUUGUGACCAGGGCCGACGUGCCCGCCCACCAUUUCCUCGGCGACCUCGUCGACUUGGCUCGCCCAGCCUUGGCCGAGGGGUGGUCCCCACAGGUGGACACGACCUUCAAAAUGCUUAUCGCCAGCAUUGCGGGACUUUCCUGCCGAGUCGGGUGCGACCUUAUGGUUCACUUCGCCGUGUGCUUCGGCGCAGCCGCGAGUGUGUGGAACUUUAACCGGGUCCUGCUCCUCGUCUUCGGCCACUUUGCCGACGACCUCAACGGGGUCGAGGACGAGCGGUCGCCGACUCGCCCUGCUCCCCCGCCUCACGGAGCGACUGACAUGUAA